GAACUUUCAGUUCCGAAUCGUGCACUUCUAGCGAUUUGGUUCGCAAAAAGAAUUGCAUUUUGUUAUGCUUUGGUGACUGAUUUUAGAUAAAAAUGAUGCUUCCUCUUGUUGCGUGAACUCAUUGUGUGAGCACAAGGAAAAACUUGAGAUCAUUUCACUUUAGAGAAUAUUUUAUUUAAAGAGUAAAAGUUAUUGUUUUUAUGCCAUGGGAGUAAUUUGGUCUUGGAUAUUGUGCUUUUUGGUGACUUAUGCUGGGAGCAAUCCAGUAGAAAAAAAUUUACAACCAUUGCGGGUUUUUCCUUACAUAGCUAAGAGAAGUGAUGGGAGCUCCGUGUGCGAGAAUGUGGAAUUGUUCAAAUGGAACUAUGCUGUCCACGAAUGCUUCAUCAAUAGAAAAUACAAAGACGGGGGUCAGGACUUGAACACUAUAGUUGACAGAAUUAUGGAACAUGGCGAGGCAUGCAUGGAAACAUCCAGUAAAGAAUGCCGGCCUGAUUUCCAAGGAUUCACUAUUCUUAUGAAUAAGACAAUCACACAGAUGAAGGAUUAUGCACAAAUGUAUUUGGAGGCAAUAUAUAAAGGCAGAGAAGAUAUAAAUGAUUUGGACUGCGUUGAAAUAGUUUUGAAUAUCAAAACUUACGAAAACUGUUUCCGAAAUGUUGUAUCACAAGGCCAUAAUGAGUCUGAAGAAACUUUUAAAAAAGCUGUAAAAGAAGGAAUAUCAUGCGCCAACAGAAGGAAUUCGGGCUGCAGUAAAGAAGCGAAAACAGUCCUCAACAGGAUUGUAAGAAUCAUUCUUGGAGUGGAGCAGCCCAGUGUAGAACAGUUCGAAGAAGAAAUCAAACCGACAGACCCACCGCCUGCACCCAUGAUGUGGUACGAUUAUCUCGCAUAUCCUUUCAUACAGGCGUGGCGUUGGAUUUCCGGUUUGUUCAGUGGAUAACUAAAUUGCAUUUUGUGAAGAAUUGUUUUGAAAGAAUGCUUGCCAAAUAAUAUAAUUUGUUAUAAGUAAAAUUUAUGCUGUUCAAAUCUUGUCAAUAAAAUUUUUUAAAUAAA